AUGGAAGGGAUAAUCCCAUUACACUUCGCAGGGCAGGCCGGGAAAACAGAGGUUGCUAAAGUCUUGCUCCGCUCAGGCGCCGCCGAGAGUAUACACAUCGAAAACUCAAACGGUAAAACACCUGUACAGCUAGCAAAGGAAAGCGGUCACAGCGACACACUUAAGUUGGUGAGUUAUGAUUACGGGUCUUAUACUUUUCCAUUGCCCUUAGAAAACUAUUUCCGAAAACUGAGGAAAUGCGCUAAGGGCAAACUGACCUUCUGUGAUCACGUGAAAAUCGACUGGGGACUGAACCAGGCCGACGACUUCACGGAUGACGUCAUCGAGUUGACAGACAUCAAAACGAGUCUGAGUGAUGACGAGGCGCUGAAUGAUGUCAGACUUUCUUCCAAGGGAAAGUCUGGUCCCCCUACCCCUCCCCGCCACCGUCGCAAUUUGCCUCCUCGCCCUGUGAGCCAGAUGAUUAUGCCGUCUUCGCGACAGGGUCGUUCCCAGGAGCCAACGAGCAUGAGCUCCUUGCUAGCCGGGCUAAGUCUCCAAAGCAACGAUAGCCACCACGGUCUGGCAAAUUCGCCGUGGACUAGGGACAUGUCGGCAAGUAGUAAUGCCUCGCCGGUGGUCAUGAGACGAAAAGCGCCCGUACCUCCCCGAACGACAGGCGAAACUGUACCGAUAAGUGUCCGACAAAGUGUUGCGUUACCUUCUUCUACGAAUGUCGCUACGGGGAGCACAUUCGGGCAUGGCGUUAAAUCAUGGCAAGACGAAACAAGCCCAUCUGACGUCACCGAAUCUCCCCCACCCAUCCCCCCAAUAAGAUGCCCCUCUGUCAGUCGGCCAGUCAGGCCAACAGGCCCGCCUUCACCCCCUAAGCCGCAAUUCCACGACACACCCACCCGUGCCUCACCGCCACCGGACAUGCGGACUAAUCCGGACACGGAGCGUCGACCGCCUCCACUACCACCCGCACCAAAGAGGGCCAUAGACCUUAAACCCGAUUUCCCGCCUGUACCCACCCAUAAAAGGUCCAAAUCGGACGGAAAGGUCCCGUUUGGGGAGGACAUCGCAGAUAUGGGGAGACCCGCGUUGGAAAAGAAGUCAUCUUUCCCCCUGGGAGAGGGGGAGAAGGACGAUUCAAAAGCAUCUCGCCCCGAGCUUCCGCCGAGACCCACGGGCUUGGAAAAACCCGCGAACACCGGCCGUGUUAGUAAUGACGUCGGCUUGACCAAAAAUGCCCCGAACAAACCUAAGUCUACGACGUUACCGAGGCCUUCCGUGACACCACCCCCUCCCAGGAGACAAGACUCAGACACAACAGUCAAAGUUUACCCACCAAACAAGGACAAGCCCUUACCAAAGGUGCAAGAAAACAGCAAAGUUGGCGACACCCCAGCACCGGAAAUACCUUCUCGAAACUACAGCAGCCAGGUCCCCGUGAGCCAGUUCCCGCGCAGAGUUCAGGCGCUGAAUGAUUGCGAGGCUGACAAUGAUGACAAUGAUUUAUGGAGGGUGACGUCAUUCUCGUCAAAGGCGAAGGUGAAGACGCCGAGUGGUGGCUUGGAGAGCUGGAGAGAAAGCCUGGGAAUAGCGGCGUUUUCCCGAUCAGUUUUGUUCGCGUGCUCUCGGAAUAAUCCAAGAACCCUCGUCAGUGAACCAAUUUCGUCCACGUUUUCUUGGACAAUUUACGAGAAAUUCGGACAGCUUCCAAUGCAGAUAACUUCCAGUAACUGUCGCUCGACAAAGCUGUAG